AAAUUAAAAGAACAAACAUUUCUGUAUGGUUUUUGGAAUUUUUUGAACUUGAAUUGGUUCUAGUAACAGUAGGAAGAUAUUAUUCAGAAACAUCAAUUGAACAUCACUGUUGAAAUAAAGAAUGCAGGACAUUGUUCGCAUAUAGAACAGUAGCUAUUAGGAAAAAUGGGUCAAAUGCAAAAAAAGAUGUUGGCGUUCGAAGGGGAAUGGGUCACGGGCAUGUAAUAGUAGAACACUACAUUCUGUAUAAACUCAGUCUUUAUACAUUAAUAAGAUUGUUCAAAAUGUUUAUGAGGAAAGAAUCCAAGAACUGUGCCAAAACGAAAGGAUAUAUUUAAUAAUAUCUCUGGGUGUCGGUGAAAAUUUUACAUAAUAGUGGGGAUAUGCCCAGGAGAAGUAUCAUUCUUAGCUUAAGAUGAUUCUAAUCUGAAAACUAUUUCCGUACGACGAGAUACGUCCAGGUGAAGCACGGUGACCCUAAACUUGGUCAAUUUCUCCUUAUUCACCUAUAAAAAUACGUACAAAAAUAUGAGUGCUAUUAAUAAGGAGUAUAAAAUAGUACCUCUUCACAAACGACCAGAUUUAAUUCCUGACUGUUGUGCAUUACUUAAUUCUGAAUGGCCACGGAGUGAAUCUGCACGGUUAAAGUUUUUAAAGGCAUCAUGUGAUGAAUUUCCCACAUGUCUUAUACUUAUUGACAAAGAAGACAAAGUUCUUGGUCAUUGUAAGAUAUCCUUAAUACCUAGAUUACGACAUAGUUGUUUUAUACAAUCAGUUGUAAUUGAUUAUGAAUACAGAUCUCAAGGUCUUGGAUCUAAGUUGUUACGUGGAACUGAAGAGUAUGUAGCAAAAAAAGGAAUCAAAAAUGUGUAUUUAAGAACUGAAGGACAAGAAGUUUUUUAUUAUAAAAAUGGAUACAGACCUUGCGAUCCAUUUAAAGCAUUUGGAAUUAACGAUGUUGUGUAUUCUACAGCAGCAUUUACUAAAGCAUUACUUAAAGAAAAAACUACAGAGUGUUGUGGACCACAACCACCACCAAUGCCAAAUUUUAAAAUGCCAAGUUUUUAUGAUUACAGCGUUACAGCUCAUAGGAUACAUAUGGUCAAAAAAUUAUCUUAACAGUAAAAUACAAUAAUAACUUCAUACUUAUGGAUGAUUUUUUCAUAUUCCAUGUGUAAAUGUUUUACAAAACAUAUAUUAUUUAUUUAUUUAUAAAAUUAUUUUUUUAAUCGUUCUUAAAUACAAAAAUACUUAUUAUGCAUACAUCUCAUUUAUGUGUCAUAAUACAUUAUAACCAUUCCAACAAAUACUCAGAAUUAUAUACUUUUUAAAUGUUUCAAUUAUUAUCAAAAUAUA